AUGAAAGGUCCAUUUCCAGGACAGAUUCUUACUGCAGUUGGUGUUGAUGGCAACAAUGGUAUAUAUCCUGUAGCAUAUGCUUUAGUGGAGGCUGAAACUUUUAAAUCUUGGGAAUGGUUUUUGGAAUUACUCAAAGAUGAUCUUGGCUUAGGAGACAGUACCAACUUCACUUUCAUCUCAGAUAGGCAAAAGGGACUACUGCCUGCAUUAUCCAAAGUGUUCCCAGAAUCUGAACACAGGUUCUGUUUAAGACAUAUCCACCAGAAUCUGAAGAAGGAUUGGCCUGGUGAUGUGUACAAAAACUUGUUGUAUGGAGUAGCCAGCAAGACAUCAAUGCCAUAUUUUGAAAAUGCAAUGGAAGAAAUGAAGAUUGCAGAGCCUGGUUUCCAUGAAAAGCUAUCAACUAUCCCAGCAAGCAGUUGGUCAAAAGCACACUUUUCAGGUAGGGCCAAAUGUGACAUAUUGUUGAAUAAUAUAUGUGAAGUGUUCAAUAGGCAGUUGAUAGGAGCCAGAGACAAACCUGUAAUCACAUGUUUAGAGUUCAUAAGAGUGUACAUGACCAAAAGAAUUGUGAAUGUAAAGAAGGUUCAAGCUAAAUCUCAUGGUCCAUUAACUCCUCAUGCUCAAGAAGUGUUUAAUAAGAUCAAAGAAGAAGCCUCACAACUCAAUGUUUUAAUGGUGGAUGCAGAACAGUACCAGGUGAAUAGCUCAAGAUCCCAGUGUGUUGUUAAUAUGAAGAACAGAACAUGCACCUGCAGAAAGUGGGAUUUAACUGGCAUGCCAUGUAAACAUGCAGUGGCUGCAAUCAAUGAUAUGGCCAGGAAUGAUAUUAGGAUAGGGGUGCCAGAGGAAUUGGUUGAUCAAGUGUAUUGGUUAUCCACAUGGAAGAAGGUUUAUGAAAAUGUGAUUAAUCCAAUUCCCGGGCCUGAGAAUUGGAUACCCUCACCAUGCCCCACCAAACUUCUGCCUCCCAAACACCAUAAGCAGGUUGGGAGGCCACAAAAGAAGAGGAAGAAAUCAGUGGGUGAGGCUGAAGUUGAAGCUCAUUUUGAUAGUGAGGGAAAAAUGACCAGGAAGGGCUAUACAACCAAGUGCAGCAAGUGUGGGAAUUUGGGACACAACAGUAGGACAUGCAAGGGCCAGGGUGGGGAGAAUGUGGAGAAUGUUGUACAUGCACCAAGUGAGAAUGUGGAGAAUGUUGUACAAGCACCAAGUGAGAAUCAAGUUGCAGGUGGAGAAAACAAAACCAGGAAGAAGUGUGGCAAGUGUGGAAGCCUGGGUCACAACAGUAGGACUUGCAAGGGCCUGGGAGGGGAGAAUGUUCAAGAAUCUCAAUCUGUAUCACAAGGUGCACCAAGUGAGACUGAAGCUUAG